UGGGUGAAAAUGAGACUGUUGAAGAUUUAAGGAAUGAGGAUGAUAGAAAUGAAGAUACUGCUGAAAAUGUUUGUGACAAUUCUUCUAAAAAAAGAUCUUGGGUAUGGAAUCACUUUAUCGAGGAAAAAAAUUCUGAAGGAUCAAUAGCUAAGUGCAAAUAUUGUAAAAAAGUUUUAAGUGAGAGCACUAAAGGAGGAACGAGUCAUCUAAAACGCCAUCUUGAAAAUGUUUGCAAGAAGUAUCAAAAGAAUCCAACUAAUCAGUUGCUCUUACUACCAAGUUCAAAAGAUCCGAUAAAGUGUUUCAAAUUCAAUCAAGAAGAGAGUAGAAAAUUUUUUGCAAAAUUUAUCAUAUGUGCUGAGCUUCCAUUUCGUAUUGUUGAGCACACUGUUUUUCUGGAUUUUAUGAAAUCUCUUCAGCCAUUAUUCAAAAUUAUGGGUCGUAAGACUGUAAAACAUGAUUGUAUGGCUUUGUAUCAAGAAGAGAGGAAAAAAUUGCAUGAUGUAUUUAAGAACCUAAGUUCUCGGGUUAGUUUCACUACUGAUAUUUGGACAUCAAAUCAAAAAAUUGGUUACAUUUCUUUCACAGCACAUUAUAUUGAUUCUGAUUUUACUCUGCAUAAGAAGAUUAUUAGUUUCAAGAAACUUCCAUACCCUCACACCAGCUUUGCAAUUGAAGAUGCUGUAAAAAAAUGUCUUGUUGAAUGGGAAUUGGAUUGUAAAAUAUGUGCUAUUACUUUGGAUAAUUGCAGCACAAAUGAUGCUGUAAUGAGAAGGCUCCGAGAUCACUUUUGUUAUUCAAUGUUGUUUAGUGGGGAGUACAGUCAUAUUAGAUGUUGUGCACAUAUAUUAAAUAUUAUGGUUCAGGAUGGAAUGAAAAUCAUUCAUGAAGCUAUUGAAUGUAUAAGAGAAAUUGUUAGAUAUAUCUCUGCAUCCCCAUCUCGAAUGCAAGCAUUUAAUGAAAUUCUACAGCAUAUGAGACUUUCUGCUAGAAAAGGACUCACUUUGGAUGUUCCUACAAGAUGGAAUUCUACUUAUGAAAUGUUGCAUGAUGCACUUGGUUAUAAAGAUGCUCUUAUUAGAUAUGCAACUGAGCAUUCAUGUGUAUGCCCCACCAAUGAUGAAUGGAAAAAGGCUUCUAUAAUUCUUAAAUUUUUAGAAGCCUUUCUUGAUGCCACUAAAGUAUUUUCUGGUUGUAAGUAUCCCACAUCCAAUUUAUACCUAAAAGAAGUUUGGGGAAUUAGGGCUCUGUUGAUGGAUGAAAGUAUCGAUACUGAUGAAACAGUGAAGCAAUUAACAAAUGAGAUGCUAAAGAAGUUUAACAAAUAUUGGUCUCAGUGCAAUAAUUUGUUGGUAAUUGCUUCUAUUUUGGAUCCCAGAUCAAAGUUGAUAUUUGUAGAGUUUUGUUAUCAAAAGGCAUUUGAGUUGGAGGAGUGCAAGAAAAAGAUUGAUGAUAUUCGUGCUUGUCUUUUUAAAUUGUAUAAUGAGUAUGUAGAUGCAACAAGAAUGCAUCCCUCUAUGAGUUCAAGUGAGCGAACAUCUAAUUUUGGUGGACAAGGUGAUAUAAGUUCAGUUUCUUCCAAAAAGAAUUUGGUAUGGAUUUUGCUCAAUUUAGAAGUCAGAGUUCUUCAAAAUGCCCUAAGAGAUCCGAGUUGGAUAGUUAUUUGGAUGAUGAUGUGCUUCCUGAUUUGGAGAAUAAGGAGUUUGACAUCUUGGCUUGGUGGAAGAGCAAUGCAGCAGUCUAUCCUAUACUAUCAAGAAUGGCUCGAGAUGUUCUAGCUAUUCCAGUCUCUACUAUUUCAUCUGAGUCAGCAUUCAGCACUGGUGGUAGAGUUGUGGAUCAGUAUCGAAGCUCUUUGAGCCCUUCUACCGUAGAAGCCUUAGUGUGUACCCAAGAUUGGCUUCGUGAACAAUAUGAUGAAGUUGCAAAUUGCUCGAGUUCUGUAACAUUGAAUGUAGAUGACAACACCCUGGACUCCUGGAGUGGGCAAUUUGGGAGAACUGAAUGACGAUACCCUCCUCAUCAGAUCUAGUUCAUACCUAAAGUAUCAAGUAUCAAGUAUGUUUGUUGAUGGAGUAUUUUCAUGUGGAUCAUGGU